AUCAUAAUUCAUACGCACUCCGAGCCGCGCGUCUGCCUCCACUCCUCGCUCACGGUCCUUUGGUCCCCAGCCCAACGUCCUCCGAUAUAUAUCUGUAUGUGAUGUAUCAUCAUCACUCUCUCUCUCUCUCUCUCUCUCUCUUCCUCUGCUACUCAGUCACUUACAGUUGCAGUUGCUGCUAUCUCGGGGGCGUUCACCGCUCUCUCUCUGGCCUCUCCCGCGAGACCCGUUUGCCCCCAUCAAUGCAAUGAGACAAUGGGCUUCCUCCGGCGACUCUUCGGCGGCACCAAGAAGAAAUCCUCCGGCGAACCCAGGUGGAGCUUCAUCAGAUCCCUUAACGACGAGUCCCGCCUCACCCACCCCCUCCCCACCAACGACGCUGCCGCCCCAGGCGCCUCUUACGGCUACUUAGACGCCAACAAGCACGCCAUAGCCGUGGCCGCCGCCACCGCCGCCGUCGCUGAGGCCGCCCUCGCAGCCGCCCAGGCUGCCGCUGAGGUCGUCCGGCUCACCAGCGGCGGCGGCGGAGGAGCUGGGGGCAGGGCUGCAGUCUCGUCCCGGCCCAGAGGGGCACAUGCUCUUCUGUCGGUGGAGGAGUUGGCGGCUCUGAGGAUUCAGUCUGCCUUCCGAGGUUAUCUGGCGAGGAGGGCAUUGAGGGCACUGAAAGCAUUGGUGAAACUUCAAGCAUUGGUGAGGGGACAUAUUGUCCGAAAGCAAAUGGCGGACAUGCUCAGGCGCAUGCAGACUUUGGUCCGUGUACAAGCCCGAGCUCGUGCUAGUCGCAGCUACCCUACAGCUUCCUCGCUUUCUAGCACCAUGUCAUCUUUAUCUCAACACCCUAGAAAUCUCUCCAAUGCUAACAACAGGGACAGUGUUGAUAUAGACAGAGCAGAGUUCAGCUCAAAUUGGUUGGACCGUUGGAUGGAAGACAGUGUAUUGGACAGCAGCAACCCUGAUGGUCCACUGAGAAAUAAAAGACAUGAAGAUGAGAGGAGUGCAAAGAUCCUCGAGGUGGAUACUUGGAAGCCUCACUUUUACUCCCAAACAGACCACGGUAGCACUCAGUUAUCGUCAAACUGUGCCGUUGAUCCCGACUAUAUGAACAAAACCUUCAUGCCGUUCGACUCACCAUCGAAGUACUCAUCCCGACCACCAAAUCCAGUGCCGAGUCUCUCCUCUGAAGAGGUUGCAUCGUUGAGGUCUCUAAACUUUCCCAAGAGAAAAGACAAGAAGUUCCGGUCAGCUGAAAACAGCCCCCAAGUUGUCUCAGGAUUGUCUAGGCCCGGAAGCAGGAGAGGAGGUCCCUUCACGCCAGCGAGAAGCGAGUGCUCAUGGGGCUUCGUCAGCGGCUACUCAGGAUAUCCAAACUACAUGGCAAACACAGAAUCCUCCCUGGCUAAGGUCCGGUCUCAAAGUGCCCCAAGGCAGAGGCUGGAGCUUGACAGGUAUGGUUCCUCAAAGAGGACGGCUCUCCAAGGGUCUUGGGACGGCAGAAGCAUGGCCAAUUCCGAGAGGAGCUAUCCUAUAAAUACUGACUUCAGAAAGAGAGCUUACCAGGUCUCGAACCGAUUGAACCGGCUCGGAAGUGCUAACGUGAGGUGAUAUUGUCAGCUUCUCUCAUGUACAUUUUCCUUUUCAGGAACAUUUCGCGUGGUGUGGGAGCAGAUUGUGAUUGUGCUAGGUAGAGUGGUGAAAGUUUAUUUAUGAGCGGACCUCUCUAAUUAAUUUAGCUGGGAACAGGACUAAUAAUGCGGUGUUCAUAUAUUAUGCUAUUUUUAACUUGGAAUUGUAUGAAAUAUGCCUGCCUUUGCUUCUUCCGUUGUAAAUUUGUAAUAAUGUACAUAACUUGGGAGAUUCUUGAACCCCUUGAUGAAGUAAUUUGCCCUCCGGAGUUUCAAUUGUGUGGAUGCGGAGUGGUUGGUUCAACAUGCAAAAGAUUGAUUUUGGAGGAAUGAGACAAUUUGUACUAUGCUGCAUUGCUAUUCGACAAGGAACAUUAUGGAUUUGUUGCUGUGGUAUUAGUGAAAUGAAGCCUGUUAGCGUUAUUUGUUCACGCA